AUGGCAGAAAUUAAGAAAUCCUCGGAGGCAGCUAAAGAAACCACGAAAACCACAAAGAACGAGCCCUUAAACCCCGAACCGAAAGACUCUGAAUCCUCUACGGAACCCACAUCCACAAAAGCUCGGACAGUCGAAGAUCCAGAGGACCCAAAAAGCACUCCAACUUCCCCUAUCGAUUCAUCAUUCAAAGAAAAAGAGCAAACAGAAAAGACUCCCCCAUCAAUCGCUACGAUCGACCGUAUGAGAGCUCGUGAAGAUACACCAGUUCAAAUCGACCCAAGAACAAUCGGAAAGAUCCGAAGUCCCAACUUUGCACAAUUCAAGACAGGCCUUGGGUCCAUCUCUGCGAAGAAGGUCCGCAAAGAUCUAGAGAUGAGCGGCACACCAAAUCAUACACCAACGAAGAACCGUUAUGCGCCUGCCGUUGAGAAGGCCGAUUUCGAGCUAGAUAUAUGUGCUAAAAUAGGAGCGAUCAAAUGGGAUUCUGAUGACGAUUGA